AUGCUGGCGUCCGCCACCUCGCCGCCUUCUUCCGUGGUGUCUUCCGUGGUUGCCCCGGAGUACGUGCGCAGCCCUCCAGUGGAGUGCGUGGUCUAUGGCUGGGGCGCCAACGAGGACGGCCAGCUGGGCCUGGACGGCGUCGACUCCGCGGUUGCGCCGCGCGUGAUCGAGUCCCUGCUGGGCGCGCGGCUCCGCGGCAGGGACGGCGUGCGGUGUCCCCUGGUGGGCGGCAGCCGCGUGUCGCUGGCAAUCUGCGCCGACGGCAAGAUAUGGUCCUGGGGGUGGAACGAGCGAGGGACGAUCGGGAAUGGGCAGCGCGGCGGCGACCGGAAGCCCAGGGAGAUCGCGGCGCUGAAGGGCGUGAGGAUCGUGCAGGCGGCGGUGGGCGGAUGGCACUGUCUGGCGGUGACGGAGAACAACAGGGUGUAUGCUUGGGGUGGCAAUGAGUACUUCCAAUGUGGAGUCAAUGAGGAGGAGAAGAACAUUGUCAAGCCCACAAUCUGUGUGCCGCAUCUUCAAGUAAAGCAAGUGGCCUGUGGGGGUAUGCAUUCCUUGGCACUGACCACAAGUGGCGAAGUCUGGACCUGGGGUGAGCCAUGGGGAGAAUUCAAGCUGCAAAAGGAGAAGCACCCAAGGCCAGUGGUGGGAGCUACAGAUAUAUUGCAGAUUGCCUGUGGUGCUUUCCACAACCUGGCGCUCGAUCGAGAUGGCCAUGUGUUGACGUGGGGUACAAACGACUAUGGCCAGCUGGGCAAUGGCUCCACGAGCUACCAAACCACCCCAAAACGUGUUGUGGACCUGGACGAUGUCCAGGUUUCAGACGUUGGGGCUGGGGGCUGGCACUCCAUCGCACUUACAAAAGAAGGUGAUCUUUACAUCUGGGGACGUGGUGAAUACGGAAGGCUUGGACUGGGGGACGCUUCGGGUGCCAGCAGGCGCCGCCCGCAGAAGGUCAAGGGUCUGGAGGGGCAUCGAAUUGUGCAGGCUGCUGCUGGUGGCUCGCAUACGGCAUGUUUGACAGAUCAGGGGCGAAUGUUUAUCUGGGGCAGAGGUUCCUUCGGGCGGCUGGGCACUGGGUCACUGAAGGACACCUAUCGUCCGUGUGAAGUCAGUCUCCCAGGGGGACACUGGCGAUGGAAGGUGAUCGCGAUCUGCUGUGGCGGCCGCCAUUGCCUGUGCCUUGUGCUGCCCGUCAACGAAGACAGGGACAGCUCUGGGCUGUCGCCCAGUGACCAUGGUGGGAGUGUGAGGGACUAUGAGAGCAGUUACUCUGAGGACACAAACACAGGGGAAGGCAAUGGCCUGGAUGAGCAGAUGGAGGAGAGAGAUCUGCUGAGCCAGCAAGUGGAUGCAUCGGACCUUGCGUACUUGCCAGAUCAUAUUGGGGUCACUGCAUUUGCGGGCGUCAGCAGGCCGGUGGACGUGAUAGGGGAAGAGACAGCGCGACCCCCUGACCACCUGCCUUCUGUGAGUCCGUUUUCUAGACUGGACAUGGCGGAAGCGGAGGCUGGGUGGAUGGGCCCUCCCAUCAAGAGGGACGGCCAACUGAGGGAGCCUGUGUCGGAGGAGCUGGGAAACCCCAUGAUUGGGCCCCAGUUCGCCAGGCACCAUGCAGCUGGCACCAGCUAG